AUGAUGCUUACUGAGGCUCCUCUCGAGGUUUUUAUGAAUUUUACCCUUUACCGCGACAUGGAAGAAACUAACGAAACAAUAUCCUUAUUUUUAAACGACAGUGGCUUAGAUCACCAAAUAGACAAUGUUACUUUACCUGUAAAGGUUCCUCUAAGUUAUCAGAUCUCAACAUCUGUGCUGAUCGGUGCGCUCAUUCUGUGCUCCAUAUUUGGAAACGCGUGCGUUGUUGCGGCUAUUGCUUUGGAGAGAUCACUCCAAAAUGUGGCAAACUACCUGAUCGGAUCACUUGCGGUCACGGACCUGAUGGUGUCGGUGCUUGUGUUGCCAAUGGCUGCUCUUUACCAAGUUUUAGACAAGUGGACACUUGGGCAGGUAACUUGUGAUAUUUUCAUUUCAUUAGACAUUUUGUGCUGCACAUCUUCCAUUCUGCACCUGUGCGCUAUAGCUUUGGAUAGAUACUGGGCUAUCACCGACCCAAUAGACUACAUGAAGAAAAGGACAUUAAAACGCGCGGCUCUCCUCAUUACCGUUACCUGGCUGGUCGGCUUUUCGAUAUCGAUUCCACCCAUGUUGAUCAUGAAAUCACAGCCUAAGAGUAAAGCUGAAGAUAUGGCAAAUCCUGAAGCAUGUAUGAUCAGCUACGACCCAUGGUACACUAUUUAUUCUACUUUUUGCGCGUUUUACAUACCUCUGAUUCUCAUGCUGGUCUUAUAUGGACGUAUAUUCAAAGCGGCAAGAUUUCGCAUUCGCAAAACAGUGCGAAAAACAGAAAAAAAGAGGGUGAAAUGUUUGACAGUGUCACCUGCGCUUUUUAAAAGAGCAAACGGGGAGCUGGGAAAAAACUGGAAAAGCGCAGUCGAACCCAAGCCCCCUGCGUGCGUAAACGGCGCAGUCAAACACGCGGAGGACGGCGAGUCUCUGGAGAUCAUUGAGGUUCACAGCAAUUCAAAAAACAACCUUCCUCUACCCAAUACUCCAAAUUCUGUCCCUCUGUUUGAAAACAAACAUGAAAAGAACACCGAGGCGAAGAGGAAACUCGCCCUGGCAAGGGAGCGCAAGACAGUAAAGACUCUGGGCAUUAUAAUGGGCACUUUUAUUCUGUGCUGGCUGCCAUUCUUCAUCAAAGCGCUGGUGAUGCCUUUUUGUCCAUCUUGUGAUAUGCCUUUGUGGCUCAUAGACGUCAUUAAUUGGCUUGGCUAUUCAAACUCCCUAUUGAAUCCCAUCAUUUACGCAUACUUCAACAAAGACUUUCAGAGUGCGUUCAAGAAAAUCAUUAAAUGCCAUUUUUGCAGACCAUGAACAUGCGAUUGAUUUGGCUUUUUUAAUCGUAAGUGUCAUUUGUAACAUGCAUUUAACCAGAAAAAGAAUAUGUUGUUUCGAUUUGUUUUCACCGUAAUUCAAACUACUUCAGUAGGCCUACACUAUAAAUAUAAUAAUACGUCUUAUUUUAUCAGAUGUAUGUUGAUCUUGUCAUAUCAGGUUUACAUAAUGUGUACAGAAAACAUGUCUUGUGUCACACAUGGAUAUGUAAAAUAAAAAAG